GUCAGUUGAGCAGAGUUCAACAAAAAAAAAACAGCGAUGAACGGUACGGUUCUGCUGAGUCUGGUGCUGGUGCUUGUUCAAGUGGUUCUGGCCUACGUGCCCCUGGGUUGUGUCAAGAUUAAAAACGCUCACUGGUUGGAAUGGUUGAUCAAAUCCAGCGACUUUGAUUCGGAACGACGGCACGUGGCUCAAGGCAUCCCGUACCAGCGGUGGCACAUUGUGAAGGAUGGUGAAUUUUACUGGAAGAUCAAGCUGGACACGCUGGACGAGGAGCUGUACGAGUCGGACAAGACGAACAACGGAAAUUACAUUUUCACCUGGAAGCCAAAGACGGACAAGGGUAACGCUGCCCAGUGGAACUUUUUGAGGACCAAAGGGGGUAAAUUUCACAUAAAAAAUGCCAAAUACGGUCACUGUUUGAUGGCGAAAGGAGGCAGCUGGAUCAGCGCUUAUCCGUGCGAUUAUAAUGACGAAAAAUACGAAUGGCACGUGGAUCAGUGCGGUUAACUGCAAGCUAAUUUCAAUUUCAGAAUUUUUUAGUGAGCUUGCUACUGUUGGAACUAAAUUCGUGACGAAAUACAAAUAAACUUUGAAUGUACUAA